AUGACUGCCACUACAGCUAUGUCCUCCUCCAGCGCGGCCGCCGACGACGCCGACGGCCCGCCCGUGCCGACGCGCACGCAAUCGGCGCUCACGGGCUCGCUGGCGGAGAAGAUGAUGAAGUCCAUGGGCUGGAAGGAGGGCCAGGGCCUCGGCAAGAAGGGCGAGGGCAUCGUCAAGCACGUCACCGUCGAGCGGCGCCUCGAGGGCCAGGGCCUGGGCCUCGAGCUCGACGGCGGCGGCAACACAGCCUUUGGGACGACGGCGAGCGGCUUCAGCAACGCCCUCGCGAGCCUCAGCGCCAAGUACGGCGCGCCCGCCGACGCGGCGUCGUCGUCCGACGAGUCGUCCGAUGAGGAGGAGGAGCGCCGGAGGCGCGCCGCGAAGCGCAGCAAGAAGUUCGUCGCGCCGCGCGGGCACCACAAGAAGAAGGACCUCAAGGCCGUCGGCGAGAACGACCUCAAGGCCAUCCUCGGCCAGGCGGCGGCUCCGGAGAAGAAGAAGAAGCGCGAGAAGAAGACGCGCGCCGCGGCCGAGGACGCCGACGACGCGACGCCGCCGCCCGUCGUCGAGAAGAAGAAGAAGAAGAAGAAGCGCGAGGCCGCCGACGACGACGACGACGCGGCCGCGCGGAAGAAGGCGCGGAAGGCGGCGAAGAAGGCCGCGCGGAAGGAGAAGUCCUAA